AUGGAAUAUGAGUGCAGAGCAGCGGUAGUAGCUUCUUUUCGUGUCGGGAAGAAGCCUGCAGAAGUGAUGGCCUGGUUUGGGUUCAAGAGAACCAUGGUCAUAGACACUUGGAUGAUGUGGACGGCAUGUGAGAACAAGGAUGAGUUUACUGCCAAACAAAAGGCCCACAAUGUAGAUUUUUCAGCUGUUAGGACCGAUGAGUUUGAUGUUGCUGUCAAGGAGACAGUCAACAAUGAUGGAAGCCAGAGCUACAUCAAGAUCACCACUGACAUGGACUGUCACAUGUUGACGAUCUGCCAAACAAUCAAGAAGGACAUUAGUUACUCCUCCUACUGCAAGUCUCACCACAAGCUCAUCACGAAUGCCUCCAAGGAGUCGAGGAAGGCCAAGGUGGCAACUUUGCUGAAUGAGCUGAAGCAUGGGUCUACCGGGAUGCAGAGUUUCUUCUCUGAUGAAAAGAAUUUCACCCAGGGCCAGACACACAACAGGCAGAACGGCAGGUGGAUCUACAAAGACAUCAAAGUGGUUCCGUCAUGA